GCAAAGGAAGAUAGAAUCGUUUGAACCGCCAUAGUGAUAACAUCUAUACCGGUUAAACAUAAAAGAGAGAAAAUUUUAGUGUAUAUAUGGACGCUAAAAACAUUCCAGACCCAGGAAAAAGUCCUGGAAAAGCCCAACAAAUGGACUAUGAAACUUUAAAUAAUAGAAGACGUAAAAACAGUGACAGUGAUACAGAAACAAAUCCACCGUCCAAGCAACACCGGAACGAAGAAGCCGGAAGGAACUUCAUACAGUUUCAACCAGUAGGAAGCAACAACACCGAACCCAGAAAUCAAGAGCAAAUCAACAUCCUGUGAAGAAGUAUUACAUCUUAAGACAUACAAAGAUAUUUCUACAAAGAUCAAGAAUAAUAGAUAUUAUCUGAAGAUAAAGAAAAACCGCAAGAAAGGAUCCAGGGAAUAUAGACUAAAAAAAUGGUCUAAAACCCUAUAAAAGAAGAAAGAAGAAGAAGAAGAAGACGAAAAACAUUUAAUUUUUGUGUCUAUAAUAUAAACGGAAGCCAGUCUAUUGCUGCCAGGAGCAUCGGCUUGGAUUAUUAAGCCGCAAAGGAAGAAUGUUAUGGCUAGUGAAAGACUGACUCCAAUUAAUAUCAUGGACGGCAUACAUUUGGAAACAACUUUUCAUCGUAACUCAGUGGAAUCCAUUGAUAUGAAGGAUGAGAAGGUGGAAGCCAUCAGUCAGAAUGAUUGCCAGGAUAUCGAUGAAGAAAUUAUUGAGGCUAUACAUGGAGAGAGUACUGUCUUUAUAAAGACUGAAGAUACGGGUAAUGUAAAAGGUGAGAGGCCAGUGUCUGAAGAAGUCAAAAGUCUGGGCAAAGAAGCAGUUGGUGAAUGUGACUUGGGCAUUGUCAUGUGUGAAGAUGUAGAUCCAUUAUCUAAGGAUUGUGAGAGCAAAUGCUCAUCAGAUGAUGUUCAUGAAGGGGAUGAAGAGGCAGCUAAAGAAGUGGAUGCACUUAAGAAACAUUUCCUAUGUGAUGUGGAUACACUUGAUGAACAUUUCCUAAAUCCCAUAUAG